ACUCCUCAACACAAAUACAAAAAAGACAACUCGUUUUGGCAGUCGCUUAGUCUUCAGGCAGAGACACACACGUUGCUCUUUAGGAUUUAUUACCGAGCACAACUUGCAACAGGCACUCAAAUAUCAGAGUAGCCACAGUGUUGCUUGAAAGGAGCACAGCUGAGAGCACUGAGGACUGUGAGCAGAGCCUUCUGAUCCAAAAUAUUCCAAGAUGAAGGUGAUGAAGUCGAAAGUGACAGAUCAAUCUGCCGAAGGGCAGAAGGUGGAAGGUGCUGGGGGUGCUAUGGAAAAUCCCCACCACAAAAAAGUCAAGAAAUUCAGAUCAAAAGUCCCCGGAGUUAUGAUCACGCAGUAUGUGGAGGAAAUACCAGAGGGGAAAAGCCACCCUGACUUCACACGCAAGCCCAUCGCGUUGACCAUUCAGGAGGGCAAGUUUGGGGUGUUCAAAGCCAUUGUGCAUGGUGAACCUACACCCAACGUGACAUGGAACCGAGCAAAUGGAAAGAUAGACGAUCCAGUGAAAUUCCAGAGCAAGUAUGACGAGGCGUCUGGUGAGCACACCCUCGAGAUCCCCAAAGUAUCUGCAGAAGAUGCCGACACCUACAAAUGCUUUGCAACAAAUGAGUAUGGAAAGGCUGUUUGCACUAUCCAGCUGAAUGUCAUUGAAGUUGGAUUCAAAAAGACGAAGGAAUUAGCCAAGUCCAAAGAAGAACAAGAAGCACUCAAUCCUGGGUCUCUUAGAACAAUGUUGAAGAAGCGCAGGGGAGAUGUCCAUGAGCAAAAGCCACUCGAAUCUGAAGAGAAAGUUUGGGAGAUCCUGAUGAGUGCCGACAAGAAAGAUUAUGAACAAAUCUGUGCUGAGUACGGCAUCACUAAUUUUCGUGGGAUGCUGACAAAACUGGCUGAAAUGAAAAAGGAGAGAGAGGUUGAACAGGCACAGUUUAUUGAACAUAUCAGUUCGCUCAAACACAUCGAAGUCAAUGCUGAUGAAAAUGCAACGUUUGAAAUUGACAUGGAUCUUAAAGAUGCCAGCAGCAGAAUUUUCCUCUACAAGGAUGGUGUUAUGGUUCCUUACACCCUUGAGAUGGAAGAAGAAAUGAAGCACCAACUGAAACGAGUUGGUAAAAAAUUCAUUUUCACGAUCAAAAAUCUAGACCCGGAAGAUGCUGGUCUCUAUUCAGUGGAUGUAGAGGGAGUUAAUAUCUUCUCUACGGAUUUCAAAAUUCCACCUGUAAAUUUUGCGGUCAAAAUUCAGGAGGUGAAGGCAGAAGAAAGACAAGAUGCCAUCUUUCAGUGUGUCUUAACGGCACCUAUGGCUGAGAUUAAUUGGAUGGGCAAGAGUGCCCCGAUAGAAAAUGAUGACAAAUUUGAAAUCACAGUGUCUGAAGACAAGCUCAUCCACAAGUUGUUAGUGAAGGAUUGUCAGCCUUUGGACGCUGGUAUCUACGCAGCUGUGGCAGGUAUCCAUUCCUGCAAUGCCUGGCUUGUGGUGGAAGACCCUGGCGUUCACUUCAACCUUGGGCUUUCUGACGUCACCGCCAUAGUGGGAGACCCAGCCGAACUUGUCUGUAAGCUGAGCAAGGAAAAUGUCGAUGGGGUAUGGUACCUGAAUGGAAAGGAGAUUCAACCCGAUGAUGUUCUUACCAUGUCUAAAGAUGGAUUCUUCCAAUCCCUGAAAAUCAGCAAAAUCUCAGAGGACUAUGCUGGAAAAUACAAAUUUGAGGCAGAUGGGCGUAAAACAGAGGCCAUGAUUGUUGUUGAAGAUCCACCUAGAUUCGACACAGAGGAAUUGAAAAAGUUUACUGUCCCAAUCAUUACUAAAAAAGGUCAAAAAGCCACUUUCAAGAUACCAUUUGUGGGUCGGGAGCCAAUGAAGAUCCAAUGGUACCAUGACGGCGAGGAGCUAUCAGAAGACACAAACAUCAAGAUAGAGCAUGGAGAGGGUUAUAGUCAACUAACUCUUAACAAGUUACAGCGCAAAGACACUGGAGAAAUCAAGUUCAAACUCAAAAAUGAGUUUGGAACUGUUGAGGCCUUUGCGAAGAUCAUUGUAACUGACAAGCCCACCCCUCCCUUGGGACCUCUGGAGAUUAUUGAAGCCUCUCAAAAUGCCAUUGAGGUGAAGUGGAGGUCCCCAAAGGAUGAUGGUGGCUGUAAGAUACUAAACUACAUCCUGGAACGUCAACAGAUAGGCCGCAACACCUGGAAGAAGCUGGGUCCGAUCGGUCCAGAGGCCCACUACAAGGACAGUGAUGUGGACCAUGGCAGGAGGUACUGUUACAAAAUCAGGGCCGACACUGAGAUGGGCAGCAGUGAGUUGAUGGAGACAGAGGAUGUCCAGGCUGGCACAAAAGCAUACGCUGGACCCCCUUCUGCACCCAAAGUGGUCAGUGCCUUCAAGGACUGUAUCACUCUGACAUGGAAUCCCCCUUCCAACACUGGAGGAACCAACAUUCUGGGAUAUAACAUGGAGAAACGCAAGAAGGGAAGCAAUCUUUGGAGCCCUGUCAAUCCUGCAGAUGAUAAGAUUAAAGAGAAGGAGUUUGGUGUGAAGGACGUGAUAGAGGGUAUGGAAUACGAAUUCCGUGUGGCAGCUAUCAACAACUCCGGAGCUGGUGAAUUUGGCACUCCGUCUGAGUUUGUGUUUGCCAGGGAUCCAAAAAAGCCCCCCGGUAAAGUAAUUGACCUGAAGGUGACAGACUCCACCUACACCACCUUGUCCCUGGGUUGGACUAAACCAAGGGAGAAGCGGGGGGUUGAGGAUGAAGCCAAGGGAUUCUUCGUGGAGAUUAGACCAGCAGAAAGUCCAGAGUGGGACCGCUGUAACAAUAACCCCAGCACCAUGACCUCCUUCACAGUGAAAGGCAUGAAGUCAAUGGCAAUGUACUGGGUGAGAGUGAUCGCCACCAAUGACGGGGGAGAAGGGGAGCCGCAAGAGCUGGACAACUACAUCCUGGCUAUGCCUCCCCCUGUCAGGCCUAGAUUCACUGAUCAAAAAGUCAAGAGUUUCAUGGUGGUACAAGCAGGGAAUUCUGCACGAUUCAACAUGAACUUUGAGGCCUCCCCUUGGCCAGAUGUUACCUGGAUGAAGGAUGGCAUGCCUGUGUCCAAACGGGUUACCAUCAGUAAUGCUGAAGGGGCAUCCCAACUUUUGAUUCCUUCUUCAGAGCGCUCAGAUACAGGAAUCUAUACCAUUAUGGUCAAGAAUAUCGUUGGCCAGGAGACAUUCAGCAUUGAGAUCAGAGUUACAGACGAGCCCAAACCUCCAGGUCCUGUGGAGGUAGAUGAGAACGUACCGGGCACAGUUACCAUCUCCUGGUCACCAUCUCCUGAUGAGAAGAGGGAUGACAGGCUGCACUACCUGGUGUCGAAACGUGACUCAAGCAAGAGAACGUGGCACACAGUGGCAGACCACAUCUUUAACAACAAGUUCACAGCCUGUAACAUCAUGCCUGGCAGAGAGUACCAGUUUCGUGUCUAUGCCAAGAAUGACAUGGGCUCUUCUCAACCUUCAGAAUCACCAAAGUGGGAAAUCACAGGCAAAAAAGAAAGGUUUGUGCUGGACAGGCCAGAGACUAAGACCUGCAACCUAGAGCGUCCUCCCAAGUUCCUUGUCCCGUUGAAAAUGCACACCGCACCACAAGGUUAUGAGUGCUACAUGAGCUGUGCUGUCAGAGGGGAUCCAACACCCCAUGUCACAUGGUACCGUAAUAAUAUCAGCCUCAACACCAACACCAACUACCUAAUCUCCAACACCUGUGGGGUCUGCUCCAUGCUUAUACUGAGGGUUGGACCCAAGGACACUGGAGAGUACAAAAUCAUCGCAGAGAACAACCUGGGCAGGGCAGAGUGUUCCACUAAGCUCACUGUCUCAGAUUAGAUUGGCAAUAAAAAGAAGACAAUCAUGUCCUUAUUUUUUUUUCAAAUAGCCUAAAGGAAAACUCCAUCCAAAAAGGAUUUGUUGGUAUUUGUUUCAUUAGCCCAUUGUUGACAUAGUCCCACAUUAUUUUGCUUAUCAACAAUCAGGUUUUCAAGAUAUUCAACUUUCAAAAUACAGAUAUCAUCCUCCAUAUGAUUCAUUUUGUAUCAUAUGAUGCUGCUUUUUGUAUCUAAUGAUGCAACAUGCAUCAUACAGGGUUGAUUUCUGUAUUUUGAAUGUGACAUAUCUUGAAAAUGUGAUUGCUGACAACAAAAAUAGUUUAGGACUAUGUCAACAAUGGACAAAUGAAGCAAAUACCAAAACAUAGUUUUGGGGUGGAAUUUUCCUUUCACAGAAGUCCUCUGUUGUUUUCCAGUUCUGUGUAGAAAUUACAUUGUGUAUAUUUUUAAGUUCAGCGUUCCCUGUUGUAUCACAUUUAACAUUAGACUAUUCUACAUUCUGGGUGCUGCAUAUGUUUGAAGAUCUCAGGUUGAGUACAAUACAAUGAAUUAAGGCGAGACCAUUAUGUAACGUAACAACAGUGUUCAAUAAUCAAAAGCAGCCUAAAAGCAAGUCAUGAAUAGUGUGUUUGUGGGUUUUUUUCUUCUCAAAGUGCAAUAUUGGUAUAGGAAAGAUGAUUGGAAAUUGAAAUGAUGCAUGUUGCUCUUGUUUUCAGUGGCUUUUGAGUAAAUUUGAUUUAGAAAAUGAACAGUAAAAACAAGCAGAGAGAGAUCAAGGUUUACUGGCGUAAACAUUCAAAUGAGAACUGCAAAUACGUGGCUGUGUUUCAUUAACUUCAAAGGUACUUACUAAUUUGUGAAAUGUGUUUUGCUGUGAAAUGUGAAAUGUGUAAUGCUGAAUUAGUGAAAUGUGAAAUGUGUAAUGCUGAAUUAGUGAAAUGUGAAAUGUGUAAUGCUGAAUUAGUGAAAUGUGAAAUGUGUAAUGCUGAAUUAGUGAAAUGUGAAAUAUGUGUUUUGCUGUGAAAUGUGAAAUGUGUUUUGCUGAAUUGCCCAUUUUUUCUUUGAAAACUAGAAUCAAUAUUUGUUGUCUAUAGUGUUUGUUUUUGAUUUCCUCUUUCAUCUCCAUUAGGCUAUUUUUAAUUAUUAAACUAAAUGUAAAAUGUUUAAUAUAAUAGAACUUAAUCAAUCUACUAGCUUCAACUAAUCACAAUGUAGAAGUAAAACAUAUAAUGGAUCUGAAUGGCGUGUUGUAAAAGAGAUAUUUUUAUGUUGGCUACGCUAUGUACAAGAGCUUGGUGUAAAUACAUAUUUCAGUCUCAUAUGAUGUAGGAAGUUUGAAUGCUAAAUGUUUGAACAGGAGAGUCAAUAAAAAUCAGUGAUUAUUAGUUUAAA